CCGCUCCGCUCCCUCCUCAGCUUGCUGUACACUGGCACGCCACACGCUCGCAUGAACAGCUAGCUGAUCGAUCGAGGCAUCGAGCAAACAUGGCGAGCGGCGGCGGCUACUACUACGACCAGACCACGGCGACCUACCUGCCGGCGCCGGCGCCGAGGGCGACGUCGUUCCACCUCUUUUUGUUCCUGGCCACCGCGGCGCUGCUCGGCGCCACCUCCUUCUACUCGCGCUACGAGUCCGCGGUGGAGAGCCUGGUCGACCAGGUCCGGAUCGCCGUCGUGCUGUCCCCGCUGCUGCUCCUGCUCGCGGUGCAGUACUGGGCGGCCACGUCCGGGGCGCGGACGCGGGGCGGCGGGGUCUCGUCGCUGCUCCUCGGGGACCAGCCCUCAUGGUACGGCGGCGGCGGAUGGGGCCAGCAGCAGCGUGACGGCGCGGGAGCGUCGUCGUCUCCGUGGGGGGUGGCGCUCGCGCUCGCCCUCGUCCUGCUGCUCGUCUCCUACCAGUCGUGCUUCCGGAACCUGUGGUUCCCGCUGGUCAGCCGCCGGUGGUGAGCCUUAGGCCAGAGCUUAUCGAGGCUGCCACUUCAAUUCUUGCCGUGCAGCUCACCGGGUGCGAAAAGAGUCGUCAUCAAUUGGCAGCUCACCGGUGAAUAUUUGGCAGUGAACCGGUUGCAUCCAUAAACAGAACUAGUUACCUAGGCAGAGCAGAUUCCAAUAUGACUGGAGAAUUACUGGAGCUUCAAAGAGCAACGAAUUUGCUGUUUGUAUUCUGGAAGCUGUAGUGUUAGACUGACAGCUUGGGUAGCUACCCCGGGCUGUGAUCAACAAUAUACGUGUAAUUAUUGAUAGAAUAUUGAAUAGAAUAAGGAAAGUUUCGCUUUCUUUGAUUUCUGACUUGUAAGAAUCUGAGCAUCAGAGCAUGUGAACUGUGAAGAACUGAGAAAACUAUUAUUUGCACA